AUGAGUGAAAGCACCCGCCUCAAGAGCACCAUUUACGUUGGUGGCCUCGAUCAGGCCGUCUCCACCCACACCCUGGCUGAGGCCUUUGUACCCUUUGGAGAGGUUGUCGAAAUUUCACUUCCAAAGCCAGACCAGCCCAACUCAGGCGAUUCUCAUCGGGGUUUCGGAUAUGUUGAAUUUGACCUCCCCCAAGAUGCGAAAGAAGCUAUCGACAACAUGGAUGGAAGUGAACUUUACGGUCGGACUAUUAAGGUUGCAGCCGCGAAGCCGCAGAAGGAUGCCAAUGAGGGGCUAGGCAGCAAGACUGCUAUCUGGGAGCAGGAGGGUUAUCUGGCCAAAUACGCUGUCAGCGAAGAGGAUCGCCAAGCAGCUGAAGAGGCCCGAGAGGCAGGCAACCGGCCGCAGGAUCCAAUGCAAGGUCUGGAACAGCUCGAUGUUGCUGGCCCAAAGCCUGAGUGA